AUGUCGAAUUCCUUCGCGCCUUUAGAUCCAGUGUCGAAUGGGCCAAGCACCAAAAAGAGGGUGGCAUACUUCUACGACUCAGAUGUCGGAAAUUAUGCCUACGUUGCAGGUCAUCCCAUGAAACCUCAUAGAAUACGAUUGGCACAUAGUUUGAUUAUGAAUUAUGGAGUUUACCAGAAAAUGGAGAUUUACCGAGCCAAACCAGCAACCCGGCACGAAAUGACACAAUUCCAUACCGAUGAAUACAUUGACUUUCUUCAGAGAGUUACUCCCGACAACAUGGAUUCCUUUGCAAAGGAACAGGGAAAGUAUAACGUUGGAGAUGAUUGUCCUGUCUUCGAUGGACUGUUCGAAUUCUGCGGAAUUAGCGCUGGGGGUAGUAUGGAGGGUGCAGCCCGACUGAAUCGUUCAAAAUGCGACAUCGCAAUCAAUUGGGCUGGAGGAUUACAUCAUGCAAAGAAAAGUGAAGCAAGUGGCUUCUGUUAUGUCAAUGAUAUUGUCCUCGGCAUAAUCGAGUUGUUGCGCUUCAAGAAGCGAGUUCUCUACAUUGAUAUCGAUGUUCAUCACGGUGAUGGUGUCGAGGAAGCCUUUUAUACCACGGAUAGAGUGAUGACAGUUUCGUUCCACAAAUAUGGCGAAUAUUUCCCAGGAACUGGUGAACUACGAGAUAUCGGUGUUGGACAAGGCAAAAAUUACGCAGUUAAUUUCCCACUUCGCGACGGUAUCGAUGAUGUUACUUAUAAAUCCAUCUUUGAACCUGUCAUUCAAAGUGUAAUGGAUUACUAUCAGCCAGAAGCCAUAGUUCUUCAAUGUGGUGGAGACAGUCUUUCUGGAGACCGCUUGGGGUGUUUUAAUUUGAGCAUGAGGGGCCAUGCCAAUUGUGUUCAAUUUGUCAAAAGCUUUAACAAGCCCACUUUAGUGCUUGGAGGAGGCGGUUACACUAUGCGUAAUGUUGCGCGAACUUGGGCAUUUGAGACUGGUGUUCUAGUUGGCAAGGAGAUGGAUCCCGUACUCCCUUACAACGAAUAUUACGAGUAUUACGGCCCUGAUUAUGAGCUUGAUGUUCGAGCCUCUAAUAUGGAGAAUGCUAAUUCGAAAGAUUAUCUCGAGAAGAUAAAAAUUCAAGUCAUCGAGAAUUUGAAGAGAACUGCUCACGCCCCAUCUGUGCAAAUGCAAGAUGUACCCCGUACUACUUUAGCUGGAACGACCGACGAAGAUGAUGAUAUUUUAGCUGAUGCUGAUGAAGACGAAAACAUGGAUGUUCGUCAUACUCAGCAUCGCAACGAUAAACAUAUAGCUCGGGACGAUGAGUUCGAUGAAGCUGAUGAAGAGGAAGCGAACCUUGCAAAUGGAGCAUUUGCUCAAAAUGGCCAAGCAAAACAACGCAAUCACACUUACUCGGAUGUUGAUAUGGAUAGUGGUGUUCCUACUCCAGAGAUCGAAAUCCAUGACGAGAUUGAAGAUGCUCCAAUAGCUGUCACCGAGGCCAAUGCACAAGUAAAUGCGGAGCUUAUGGAACAAAAGACUCAAGACGCAACCCCCACCGAUACUCUUGAAGUGGGCCCAUCAAAUGCCCCAUCUCUCUCAAACUCGCCUAAACCGGUUGUGGACAAUGAAGGCGAUAUUGAUAUGACGGAGCCGCUCGACGCCCAGGCAGUCCCAGAGAAAUCUGAAAAAUCACCUGCAUCGCCGGCAGCCUCGGUCAAAGCCAAUAUUGCUACGAACAUUGAGGCGGUCGCUAGCAAUGCUGAAACUGUGCCUGAGACAGUCGCCCCAAAAACAGAGCCUGUAAUAUUGAAGCAGGAAAGCGACACUGAAAGACAAGAUACCGAUAUGACAGCAGAAGCAAGUGAGAAGGUCACCGAGCAAGCUCAAUCAUGA